UUUUAGAUAGGAGAAGUUUCCUGAGCAGCCUCCAGAGAUGAGAAAUAUUUAUGUCUCUCAUCGUACAGUAUCAGCUGCUUGUAUGCGAUGUCGCCAGCUCCGUUCUUGUUUAACUAAAAUUGGAUGAAUCACCGAGCAAUUGUAAGUUAAAAAACGUACUGGAGGAAUAUAAAUAGUGCUCAAACAGCUGAUGAAGUUUCACUUUAAAGAAUUUUCACUUUUUAAACAGCUCUUUAAGUGAUCAAUAGCGUUCGUACAGUAUAUGAUAAAAUCAUAUAGAAAAUUUGUCCAGACCUUAAAUAAUGAUAUUCCUAUAAGUUUUUAUUAUAAAAAGUGAAAAUUACAGACAGUCUGUGAGCUGCAUAGUGGCUGAAGAACGUCGAAAGCAGUAAUUUCUUCUGUUUAAGUUCCGCAUAUUAACAUUAAAAUGUCAAACAAAGUUGCAAAUAUGAAAAAGAACUCACUGAGAAUAGACUUCCAACCAGUAUCGACUACAGAACCUGGACAAUCCGAAAAUGUGCCUAAUGAUGAGGAAACUAUGUGUGGAGUUGGAUCCUUCUAUCCCACCUGGUUACAGAAAUUUAGCACGCCCAAAAUCUUUCUGGUAAAUCACAGUAUAUUAGGUGUCCUACAAGGAGCCUUCUUCACCUAUUUAGUGGGUUGUCUAUCAACGCUUGAGAAAAGAUAUGCAUAUGAAACCAAAGUGACGGGUAUAAUUAUGAUCUCCGAUGAAAUAAGUCCGAUUCUUUUCGGUCUGUUACUGGGAUAUUUUGGUGGUAAGUCUCAUAGGCCUCGUAUUGUUGCAUUGGGAAUGGUGGUAGCUGUCGUCAGUUGCUUUGUUAUGGCAGUGCCCUAUUUCAUAUAUGGUCCUGUUCUUUACCAUAAUGCAGAAGGUUUGAGGCAUUUAACAAACAGAACUAAGUACGAAGUUUGUGAUCUGAACGAAAAGGAUUAUUUUUGUGAAAAAUCACCAACUUUGACUGCUGUAUCUCUUUUGUUCUUUGGAAAUUUUCUAAAAGGAUUCGGUUCGUUAGCUUUCUACACCAUUGGAACAUCAUACUUAGAUGACAGUGUAAAAAAGAAAAAUUCUCCUGUUUAUUUCGGUACUCUGUUUGCUCUUCGCCUUCUAGGACCAACAUCUGGUUUCUUGUUGUCAUCUUUGUGUCUGAAUUUCUACGAAGAUCCGUUUUAUGAUCCUGGUUUUGGAACAAAAGAUCCUCGUUGGAUUGGAGCCUGGUGGAUGGGAUUCAUUAUCCUUGGAAUAGCAAUCUUCAUAUUCUCACUGCCUAUGAUAUUGUUUCCGCGACGAUUUCCAGGCAAGAAAUUACCCUCGAACUUGCAAAAGAAAAAAGAAGAGACGCCGAAGUCACCAAUUGAACAACUCAAGGAUAUGGGCAAAGCUAUGAAACGACUAGGCAAGAAUCCAAUUCUGAUUUGCCAUUAUCUUGGAGGAGUCUUCCGUUUGAACGGCGUGGUUGGCUAUUACGUCUUACUACCCAAAUACAUGGAGAUGCAAUUUAGGGAAUCAGCUUCUAAAGCCAGCCUUUAUUCAGGUCCUGCCGGUCUUGUUGGAAUGCAACUGGGAAUUCUACUUGGUGGAAUAGCAAUACGAAAAUUCAAGCCAAGACCCAGAGUAAUGACAGGUGGCAUUGUCAUAGCUGAAUCUUUCAGUGUUAUUGCUCUUGUCGCUUGUAUGUUUAUUACUUGCCCUCUUUAUCAGAUGACUGGAACCAGUUCUGUGGCAACACCGCAAUUCAAUUUACAAAACGAGUGCAAUGCCGACUGCUUAUGCACAACUAAAACGUACACUCCUAUUUGUGGGCCCGAUGGAAAAUCAACAUAUUUCUCACCAUGUUAUGCUGGAUGCAGUUCCUACAACAAAACCGGUAAAAAGAAAUUUUUACUGACUGUAAAUGUGUUCACAAUGAUGCUGGAGAAAUAACCGUUGGAGAAGCUACGAAAAGUUACUGUAAUUUCGAGUGCCAGUGGUUGAUAACAUUUGUGGUCGUUUUAAGUCUCGGGAAACUAGUCUCUUCCACAGCCAGAGUAGCUAAUGCUCUUGUCACUCU